AUGGCAUGGUUUACUAAUUUGAUAAAGUCAAAUUGGUCAUCGCGGUAUCCUGUUCUUAUAUCUGGUGGAUUGCUCAUCAUUCUACUUACUUUAAGUGUCAUAACAAUUGUUCUUAUCUCGACUCGUAGCAUUACUAUCCAUCAACAUAAUAAUGAAGCAAUACAUAUUGUAGAACCAUCAUUUAACAUAACAUAUAUAAUAGUUAAUGAUAUUAAUUCACCUACUCCAAUUUUUAAUUUUAAUUCAAAACAAAUAUCACAAAAUUUGGAAAAUGCUCUUAAAUUACCAACAAAAAAUAUUUUACAAUUAGAAAAAAAAUAUCAAAAUAUAGUUAAGCAAGCAUUCGAUAAACGACCUACACAAUGCACUUUCUUUUUUCCAAAUAUUAAUGAUACAUUAUUGACUUUUCAAUUCCAUCUUAAACAUUCAUUCUUAUCUUUAUGCAAAAAUCAAUCAUGUCUAAAAGAAUUAUAUAGUAACAUUUAUGAACAACUUCAAAAUAUAACAUAUUUUACAAUAGAAAUAGAUAAUGAGUUUAUUGAAUUUAAUUUAUGUUCAAUUAUUAAUUUCCCAUAUACUGAAAAUUCAUCAACAGAUAAUUAUGAUGAAUAUUCAACAUUGACAUCAACCGUUCAUUCAGUUACAACAUCAUCACAACCACCAAAUACUUGUCAAAUUAAUUCUACUAAUUUACAAAAUAAAUGGAUAAAAGUUGGAAAUAUGUUUGAAUAUCUUAUGUAUCAUAGAAGUACAUAUGUUCCACAAGAUAAUUCUGUUCUUAUUACCGGUGGAACUCGAAAUGAAUUUAUCUAUUUUAAUACUAUUCAAAAAUAUAUUAUUUCUAAUCAAUCAUUUGUUAUGAAUCUACAUAGAUCCAUGAAAAUUAAACGUGCACUUCAUUCUGCUGAUCUAUUACCAUUAUUAGGUUUAGUUCUUCUUACUGGUGGAACAUCAUUAUCGACACCAAAAGAACAACUUACAGCAGAAUUAUUAGAUCCAAUAUCAGGUGAAAUAACAUCAAUUGAAAUGUUAACAAAUCGACGAUAUCAUACAUCUGUAGUCAUUCCAUUAGAUAAUAAAGUUCUUUUACUUGGUGGCCAUAAUUAUUCAUCUACUAUUCUUUCUACUGGUGAUUUAUUCAAUGGGACACAUUUUAUACCAAUAGUAAAUACAAUGAUGGUUCAACGUAUUUAUCAUACAGCAACAUAUAUACCAACAAUUAAUAAGAUUCUUAUUAUAGGUGGAAGAGAUAAUGAGAAUAACAGACGAAAUACAUAUAGUACAAUAGAAUUUUAUGAUGUAGAAACAAAUAUGUUUGAAAUAUUACCAAAUAUAACAAUGUCAAUGGCACGAGCUCGACAUACAGCUACUUAUAUUCCAUUUCCUAAAGAUCAACUUCUAAUAAUUGGUGGAGAAAAUAAUGAUAUAUAUCAUAUAAAUAGUUGGGAAUUAUUUGAUAUUAAAACUUUAUCAUUUAUUCAUAAAGGUACCAUACAAUAUGGACGCUUUGAUCAUCAUGCUACUUUAUUAAAUAAUAAUCAUGAUAUUUUAAUUACAGAUGGUUUUUCAAAUACUCUUUCAAUUGUUCCAUCGGAAAUUUUUAAUUUAAAAACAAUGUUAUCUUGUCAAGCAGCAACAAUGAAUAAAAUUAGAGAAGCUUUUACAACUACUUUAAUUCCAUCGAUUGGUGAAGUAUUUGUAUGUGGUGGUCGAGAUAUUUCAUAUAAUACAUUAAAUAGUUGUGAACUUUAUACUCCUUAA